AUGGAUACACUGCCAGAGUUGCCCCUAGACAUUUCAUUUGACGCGCUGUACGUGACAGAUGCUGGAACGGCAGCUUCAUGCUUGGGAGUGCCGGGCAUGGGGAUCAUUAGCAUGACGAAAAUGGCUGGAAACGCCAGCAUGAUCGCAGGGCUCGACACACACAUCCCAGUCGUCGCCGACGCUAAUACUGGCUUUGGUUCCCCCAUCUCGGUGGCCAGGACCGUCAAGACUAAUAUCGACGGCAAUGUUGCAGCACUUCCCAUCGAAGACCAGGCAUUCAUGAAGCGAUCCGAACAUCUUCGAAACAAAGAGCAAGCAAGAGAAGCCGUCAAGGCUCUCUCACCAAUACCGUGA